GUUGGGGAAAGACUCAGAGAACCAAGAAACAAAAGCAAGGACAACUUAUUUCCCAAGCAAGCUCCAGAGAGAGAUUUCUAAGCAUUCUCUGAUCUGAAUCAUCAAGAUCAUCAAGAUUUAAAAAUAAAAAAUGGCGAGCAUUGAGAUUGAGAUACAUUCAAGUGAAUUAGGCAAGGAAGAGAGAUGCUCAGCGAAGAAGAUGAAACGUGGAGAAGGAUUAACACACUACUAUCAACAUCACUUCCACGAUCUUGAGCUUCAUGUGCGAAACAAGUCUCACAAUCUUAAUCGUCUUGAGGCCCAGCGUAACGACCUCAAUUCCAAAGUAAGAAUGCUGAAGGAGGAGGUGCAGCUUCUUCAAGAACCAGGGUCAUAUGUUGGUGAAGUUGUUAAAGUGAUGGGUAAAUCAAAAGUCCUGGUUAAAGUCCAUCCAGAGGGAAAAUAUGUCGUUGAUAUUGACAAAAGCAUUGACAUAACAAAGAUAACUCCAUCGACCAGGGUUGCACUCCGCAAUGACAGCUAUGUUCUCCAUUUGGUGUUGCCUAGUAAAGUAGAUCCCUUGGUCAAUUUAAUGAAAGUUGAAAAAGUUCCUGAUUCUACAUAUGACAUGAUUGGUGGCCUUGACCAGCAAAUUAAAGAGAUAAAAGAGGUCAUCGAACUUCCAAUUAAGCAUCCUGAAUUGUUUGAGAGUCUUGGGAUUGCUCAGCCCAAGGGGGUCUUACUCUAUGGACCACCUGGUACUGGAAAGACUCUAUUGGCCAGGGCAGUGGCACAUCAUACUGAUUGUACAUUUAUAAGGGUCUCUGGUUCUGAAUUGGUCCAGAAAUAUAUUGGUGAAGGCUCUCGAAUGGUCAGAGAACUUUUCGUAAUGGCCAGGGAGCAUGCUCCAUCUAUUAUAUUUAUGGAUGAGAUCGACAGUAUCGGGUCUGCUCGAAUGGAAUCUGGUAGUGGCAAUGGUGAUAGUGAGGUGCAGCGGACAAUGCUGGAGCUUCUCAACCAAUUGGAUGGGUUCGAAGCAUCAAACAAGAUCAAGGUUUUGAUGGCCACAAACCGUAUUGAUAUUCUGGAUCAAGCCCUUCUCAGACCUGGACGAAUUGACAGGAAAAUUGAAUUUCCAAAUCCCAACGAAGAUUCGCGGUGGGACAUUUUGAAAAUUCAUUCAAGAAAAAUGAACUUGAUGCGCGGAAUUGACUUGAAGAAGAUAGCAGAAAAGAUGGGUGGUGCUUCAGGUGCAGAGCUGAAGGCAGUGUGCACUGAAGCUGGUAUGUUUGCUUUGAGGGAGAGAAGGGUUCAUGUGACACAGGAAGAUUUUGAGAUGGCUGUGGCCAAGGUAAUGAAGAAAGACACCGAGAAGAACAUGUCUCUGCGGAAGCUGUGGAAGUAGCCACCUUAUGAAAACACAAGAUCUCAUAUGUUGGUUUAUGUAGGCUUAUUUAUGUACCCUGCUGAAGAAUUUGUCAUUUAUGCAUCAAGAUGAUUUUAUAUUUUUACAAAAUGCAUCACAGAGUUGAAACCCUCAACUACUAUUCAACUAA